AUGCGCGGCAACGCUCCAAACACCAAGGUCCACUACAAGGGGAAGGAUGACGAUUUCGUGAUCUUCGCGGAAAGUGCAAAGGCCGUCCAGGAGUGGAAGCGCGACAAGUCGGUUCCGCUCGCACAGGUCGUCAACGGCUGGAAGAUCUUCUGCACACACAAGCAGGGCAGUCAGGGCAUCCUGGACGGCGCGUCCAAUGCACACCUGGAGAACGAGUUCGGAACGCACAAGGAGGAGGAGGUCGUGAAGCAGAUCCUGGAGCAAGGAACUGUGAUCGAAGGAGAGAAUCCCGGCCGUGACGGUAAUAGGAACAUCACUAUGGGACCGACCGUCGCGCACUAA